AUGUCUCUCGGUGGUCAAGGUUAAUACGACGAAAUGGCUCAACUCGCCUCCAUGCACAUGAUGAUGGGAAUCAUGAAGUCUUGCUUUGGUGAUUGCAUCAACGACUUUAAAACUAACGAUUUAGGUCAAAAUGAGAAGAACUGCCUUUAAAACUGUGCAAAAAGAAUGGCAGGCACCUAUGAAGUUGUCGCUCAAGCUCAACAGCAAAUGGGAGCCAGAGGAGGUAUGGGACAGUUCUGA